AUGCAGUUUCUUGAAGAAAACAUGAAAUUAGAGUGCAAGUGCCAUGGAGUUUCAGGAUCUUGUACUACUAAGACAUGCUGGACAACCCUUCCUAAAUUCCGGGAGCUGGGCUACAUCCUUAAGGACAAAUACAAUGAAGCAGUUCAGGUUGAACUGGUGAGGGCAAGUCGCAACAAGCGUCCAACCUUCCUUAAAAUAAAGAAGCCACUGUCCUACCGCAAACCCAUGGAUACAGAUUUAGUGUACAUAGAAAAAUCUCCAAAUUACUGUGAAGAAGACCCUGUCACUGGCAGUGUGGGAACACAGGGCAGAAUGUGCAACAAAACAGCCCAGCAGACCAAUGGCUGUGAUCUGAUGUGUUGUGGUCGAGGUUACAAUACACACCAGUACUCACGAGUGUGGCAGUGCAACUGUAAAUUUCAUUGGUGCUGCUAUGUAAAGUGUAAUACGUGCAGUGAAAGAACAGAAGUGUACACCUGUAAAUGAAAGUGUGGCUGGGGAAGGUGACUCUAGAUCCCUAGGAAUGAAUACAUUUGCACAUGAGCUCAACACAACUACUCAAGACUGUAGCAAAGACCUGCUUUCUUCCAAAAGAAAAGCUAAUGAACGGAUCUGUCUUUUCCUCUCAUGUUUCAGUACUUAUGUGGAUACACAUUAAAGACUUGUAUAAAUUAUCCCAAAAAC